AUGUUGGGCUGGGUCCAGAGGGUGCUGCCCCAGCCCCCAGGGCCCCCUCAGAAGACCAAGAUGGAGGAAGAGGAGGAGGCGGAACCAGAGCCAGAGCCAGAGCCAGAGAUAGAACCAGAGCCAGAGCCUGAAACAGCCCCUGGGGAGGCCGAGCCAGAGGCCGAGUCCACGCCCCCUGAAGAGCCGCACAAAGAGGAGGAGGAAGUGGCUGAGGCUGACCCAAGCCCUCAGGAGAUCCAGGAGGCUGUCCCUACUCCGCCUACAUCCCUGCAGGCCCAGGUCACUGUGGUUCCUGAAGUGAACAGUCCCAGCGGCCGGGUGCUGACCUGGCUCUGGAAGGGCGUAGAGAAGGUUGUCCCGCAGCCCGUCCUUGGGCAGUGCGGCACUGGGGACGCAGGGUGCACAGAUGGGCCCAAUGAGACCUCUACAGCUGAGGACACUGGGACGGGGCCAUGGCUGCUCAAGUGGCUGGAACAGAACCUGGAGAAAGUGUUGCCACAGCCCCCGAAAACCGCCGAGGGCUGGAGAGAUGAGCCCACAGAUCCUGCCUUGGGCCCAGAACCUCUGGAACCGCCCCUGGAAACAGAGCCCAAGCCGCAGGCCCAGGAGAGCCCCUCUCUGCCCACUCCCGGCCCCCAGGAGCCCCAGGAGGAGCCGGCUCCAGAGUCCCAGCCUGGGUCCUCCCUGCCACCCAGGGACCCUGCCAGGUUGGUAGCCUGGGUCCUGCACAGGCUGGAGAAGGCGCUGCCGCAGCCAGUGCUCCACGGGAAAGCGGGGGAGCAGGAGCCUGACUGUCCUGGGACGUGUGACGUGCAGACCAUCAGCAUCCUCCCCGGAGGACAAGUGGAGCCCGACCUCGUCCUAGAGGACGUUGACCCUUGCUGGGAGGACGCCCACCAGAGUGACAGCAGCAGCCUGGUGGGGACAGAGGUGGUUCCAGCUUAUGAAGAAGAGAACGAAGUUAUGGAGGAGAUACCCAGGGUGCUGCCCCGGAUUGAAGAGGAGAAAGAAGAAGAGGAAGAGGAGAAAGAAGAGGAAGAGGAGGAGGAGGAGAAAGAGCCUGAAGUCCUGCUGGAUAGCUGUUUGGUGGAGCAGGUGUGCGUGGACCAGAGCGCAGUAGACGAGACCCAGUCCCCGGAGGCCUCAUACCAGGAGGUGCUGGAGGAGGCUGAGUUGGAGGCGGAGGCUGAGUUGAAGGCUGCGGUUGAGUCUGAGUCCGAGGCCGCCAGCUCAGGAGGCUGGAAUAUGGAGCUGAACCGCCUGGUGCAGGACCAGCUGCCUGGCCAGAUGGCCCCUGGGCCUGGCCCCCCAAACCUGGCGGAGCACCUCCCCAAUGUGCCCAUCUACCACUGCCGCCCAAUCACCCGCAUCCCUGUUCUCACCUCCCGGAGAACCACCUUGUCCAAUUCCAGCUUCGCCAAGGAGACCAGGAGCUCCAUCUGUCGCCUAGGAAAGGAGAAGUCCCAGGUGCAGGCAGGCGGACGAAGAGGAGAGGCACCCUCAGAGGCCAGUAAUGGCUCUGCAAAGAAGGGUGUCGAGAAGAAGAUGGGCCGUUCUGCCAUCAACAAGGGGGUGACCCAAGAAUACAUCAUCAACACUCACGAGCGCAUCCACGCGGUGGGCUCCAAGAAGCGUGUCCCUCGGCCACUCAAAGAGAUCCGGAAAUUUGCCGCGAAGUGUGAAAGAAGUGAAUCCACGGGUUUUGCCAAUGUAGGCGAGUUGGCAGAAGAAACCCUAAUGCCGGAAUCCCGAGUCAUGGUGGUGGAGACUGGGGACGAGCACCGGCCUGGAGCCUGGAAUAGGCUGCCCUCUCAGGAUGAUGAGGCCGAAGAGCUCAAGGUGCUGUCACCAGCUGAGUCCCCGGUGGUCGCCUUGUCAGACCCCACUACCCCACAGGACACUGAUGCCCAGGACCGUGCCGUCUCCACGGCCAGCCAGAAUAGCACCAUUAUCAACGACCGGCUCCAGGAGUUGGUGAAGCUCUUCAAGGAGCGGACAGAGAAGGUGAAGGAGAAACUCAUCGACCCUGAUGUCACCUCUGAUGAGGAAAGCCCCCAGCCCUCCCCAGCCAAGAAAGCCCCAGAGCCGCCUCCAGACACGAAGCUGGCCGAAGCCCAGCGGGCCGCGGAGGAGCACUACUGCGACAUGCUCUGCUGCAGGUUCAAACGCCGCCCCUGGAAGAAGUACCGCUUUCCCCAGAGCAUUGACCCGCUGACCAACCUGAUGUACAUCCUGUGGCUGUUCUUCGUGGUGCUGGCCUGGAACUGGAACUGCUGGCUGAUUCCCGUGCGCUGGGCCUUCCCCUACCAGACGCCGGGCAACAUCCACCUCUGGCUGCUGAUGGAUUACCUGUGCGACCUCAUCUACUUCCUGGACAUCACCCUGUUCCAGAUGCGCCUGCAGUUUGUCAGAGGCGGGGACAUCAUUACGGACAAAAAGGACAUGCGAAAUAACUACCUGAAGUCUCAGCGCUUUAAGAUGGACAUGCUCUGCCUCCUGCCCUUGGAUCUUCUGUACUUGAAAUUCGGUGUGAAACCCCUCCUUCGCUUGCCCCGCUGUUUAAAGUACAUGGCCUUCUUCGAGUUCAACAACCGCCUGGAAUCCGUCCUCAGCAAAGCCUACGUUUACAGGGUCAUCAGGACCACGGCCUACCUCCUCUACAGCCUGCAUCUGAAUUCCUGUCUCUAUUACUGGGCAUCGGACUAUGAGGGCAUCGGCGCCACUCACUGGGUUUACGACGGUGUAGGAAACAGUUACAUUCGCUGUUACUACUUUGCUGUGAAGACCCUCAUCACCAUUGGUGGGCUGCCUGACCCCAGGACACUCUUUGAAAUUAUCUUCCAGGGGCUGAACUAUUUUACGGGCGUCUUUGCUUUCUCUGUGAUGAUUGGACAGAUGAGAGACGUGGUGGGGGCCGCCACCGCAGGACAGACCUACUACCGCAGCUGCAUGGACAGCACGGUGAAGUACAUGAACUUCUACAAGAUCCCCAAGUCCGUGCAGAACCGCGUCAAGACCUGGUACGAGUACACUUGGCAAUCGCAAGGCAUGCUGGAUGAGUCAGAGCUGAUGGUGCAGCUUCCGGACAAGAUGCGGCUGGACCUGGCCAUCGAUGUGAACUACAACAUCGUUAGCAAAGUGGCGCUCUUUCAGGGCUGUGACCGGCAGAUGAUCUUUGACAUGCUGAAGAGGCUUCGCUCUGUCGUCUACCUGCCCAAUGACUACGUGUGCAAGAAGGGGGAGAUUGGCCGCGAGAUGUACAUCAUCCAGGCGGGGCAGGUGCAGGUUUUGGGCGGCCCUGAUGGGACAUCCGUGCUGGUGACGCUAAAAGCUGGAUCUGUGUUUGGAGAGAUAAGCUUGCUGGCGGUUGGGGGCGGGAAUCGGCGCACAGCUAACGUGGUGGCCCACGGCUUUGCCAACCUCUUCAUUCUCGAUAAGAAGGACCUGAACGAAAUUUUGGUGCAUUAUCCUGAGUCUCAGAAGUUGCUCCGAAAGAAGGCCAGGCGCAUGCUGAGGAGUAACAACAAGCCCAAGGAGGAGAAGAGCGUGCUCAUCCUUCCACCCCGGGCGGGCACCCCGAAGCUCUUCAGCACUGCCCUUGCUGCGACCGGAAAGAUGGGGGGCAAGGCGGGGAAAGGAGGCAAGCUGGCCCACCUCAGGGCUCGACUCAAAGAGCUGGCCGCGCUGGAGGCGGCCGCCAAACAGCAAGAGUUGCUGGAACAGGCCAAGAGAGCUCAGGAUGCCGCUGGAGAGGCCGGCUCGGCCGCCCCGGACCAGCCCGCGCCCCCGGACCAGCCCGCACCCCCGGACCAGCCCGCACCCCUGGGCCAGCCUGCACCCCUGGGCCAGCCUCCCCUGGAUCCCCCGGCCCAACGCUCUCCGCCGCCUGCGUCCCCCGGGAGUCCCCAGGGAGGUGAGGAGGGGACGCCCAGGCCAGAGGAGCCCUCGGUGCGGAUCCGCAUGAGCCCGGGCCCCGAGCCCGGCGAGCAGAUCCUGUCGGUGGAGAUGUCCGAGGAGAAGAAGGCUGAGGCGGAGUGA